ACUAAAACCACAAAAUCUUGACAAGAUUCGUAGCUUCGUCACCUUCAACAACCGGACUUUAUCUUCCUCUCUACCACAACCAACACCUACAGGACGCAAAAAAGUCAAGCGCUCAAUAAUUAUUCUUUUGCGACCAUGGCAGAUUCUACAAAAGAUGUGCCGUUUAAGACGGUUCAGGUCGAAGCACUGGUUGUGAUGAAAAUAGUCAAGCACUGCUCAAACAGCUUCCCCACAGCCGCUACAGGAUCUAUUGUUGGCAUGGAUAAAGAUGGCGUUCUCGAGAUUACCAACACUUUUCCCUUCCCCACCGUCGAUGUCGCAAACGUCGACAGCGGCCACCAGAACGACGCAUCCGCCCUCGCUGCUGCCGCCCCACGCGCCAAGGCGAACAUUGUCUACCAGAACGAGAUGAUUCGACACCUUAAGGAGGUCAACGUCGAUGCCAACAAUGUCGGUUGGUAUACGAGCGCCACCAUGGGUAACUUUGUGAACUCCAGCUUCAUCGAGAAUCAGUAUCACUACCAGCGUGAGAACGACCGGACGGUGGCACUUGUACACGACGUUAGCCGAAGUUCCCAGGGUGCGUUGAGCCUUCGCGCAUUCAAGUUGACGCGAAAUUUCAUGACUGCCUUCAAGGAGGGAAAAUUCACGACCGAGAGUCUACAAAAGUCGAAGCUCUCGUUCAAGGACGUCCUCGUCGAGUUCCCGGUCAAUGUUCACAACUCGCAUCUUUUAACCUCCUACCUCCACCAACUACCCUCUACUCCCACAGAAGCGGACUUAGCCAUGCCGACGUCACUCUCUGACCUUCAACGCGACCCCAUUAAGAUGCCUCUUUACCCAUCGACCGACAUCCUUGACUUGUCCAUAGAUCCCUUCCUUGAGAAGACGUGCGAUCUUCUCCUUGACAGCAUCGAGUCCCAUUAUACCGAGCUCAACAACCAUCAAUACUACCAGCGACAGCUGGCUCGAGAACAGGCCAAGAUCACGGCAUGGCAAACGAAACGUAAGGCAGAAAAUGCAGCGCGAGUUGCUGCUAAGCAACAGCCACUUCCCGAAGAUGAAUGGCAACGAGUCUUCAAACUUCCCCAGGAGCCCAGCCGACUUGAAGGCAUGUUGAACGCCAAGCAAGUUGAGCAGUACAGCAAGCAAAUAGAUGGGUUCACGGCCAAUGUUAGCGCCAAGAUGUUCGCCGUUAGGGGAAACCUCUUGCCGGAGUAAGAUUUGCGAAGGGUAAAAAAGGGGGUUAUGAAAACGGAUGCAUGUGGCCUGGCGUCUGGUGGCGUUCUAGGAUUUCUAAGGGUCUGUAGAGCUAAUUAUAUCGAGUUUUACUGAUUCUAUGCCUGGCUUGUCGCCGGUCAGGGUUCAUACGGAAAAUCAAUCGGCCCAAGCAAGUAAAAAAGUGGUUGUUUCAGAUCAUGAUUCACUUACAUAUAAGCCCCCAUGAGAACACUGCCAUCAAAACCUGAGGCGUCUAGAGCGAGACAGUCUACAUUUGUAGUCAAACGAUGGCAUACAUACGGAGGCAGGUAUGUAUACGUAUAUAGGUUUUCUUGAGGUAUGCAAUACCUAAAUAUCUACCAAGGUAUACGCGUGUGGAGGUAUUGAUGUACCUACCUAUAUGAGCAAUGUGUAUAAAAGUAGCAGGUGGUUUUUCCCGGAAGAGGUACCUUGACGGCCUCACCUUGAUAUUCCUUUCGUGUCAGGAGUUAUCUAAGCGCUCUAAAGAAUGACAGAGGCCGAUGCGCUUCAGACACGAUUGACCUAUUAAAAGCUUGUAUGGGGCGAGGACGGCGUAAUAUGAGAAAUAAUCCGCUGCUCACGGAGUUACUGACUUCCCAACAGUAGACGAAAAAGAUUUGCCGAGUGGAUAGAGGAAACGGGAUGAGGGGCAUUUUUCAGGGACCAAAUCCUCUACUCCGAAAGUGGCUAGCUUCAGCUUAC